GAGACAUUGAAAACGGUGCACUUUCAAAUGACAGUGCAAUACAACCAACUUGUCCUUACAGGUGGUCCUGGCGUAUUCUUUAAGCUUUUACUGAGAUGGCGAGGCUGUGUGUUCAAACUAAUUUAUGUCGACGUCAUUGUGUUCAUGACUUUAUACACUAUAAUCAGCUGUGUAUAUCGUUUCUCCCUUCCAGACGAAGCGAAAAGGUUUGACUCUCUGUUUGAAAUGCCUAAAAUAUUUCAGGGUGUUUGAAAGAACUGUGGUUUUUACACAGAGUUUUCAGGGACUGAUUCCUGUUUCUUUCAUCCUUGGUUUUUACAUCGACAAUGUUUUCUCAAGGUUUUGGAGAUUAUUCAUGACUAUCCCAUGGGUACUGAAAUUCGCUAUUUCUAUUUCUGGACAUAUUGCUGGAAAUUCAGAACGCGCCCGAUUAAUGCGUCGCACAUGCUUUCGUUACAUGAUGUCAAGUCUCAUCAUAACUUCCACUCGUCUCAACUUGGUUGCUAAGAAGCGUUUCCCUACACCAGAGUUCUUUGUUGCUGCAGGCAUACUUACAGACGAAGAGUUAAAAAUAAUCAUGAAUGUUAAUCCUACUCAUAUGCAACCCUUUGUCCCUGUCAUAUGGACCACUUCCCUCAUUACUCGUGCUAAAAAAGAAGGGUUGAUUGUAAACCACCAUGCUUUAGUUUCUAUUAUCGAUGAAAUAAAUAAUUUUCGCCAAGGUCUGUUGGAUAUGUUCAUGAUGGAUUUCGUUUGCAUCCCGUUAGUGUACACACAGGUUGUAACACUGGCGGUGUAUAUUUAUUUCGUCGCUUCACUUGUUGGCCGUCAGUUUAUAUUAGAUGAUUCACCUUAUUCAUCACAAGUGAAUUCGAAAGAUCUAUAUUUUCCGUUUUUCACGUUUUUGGAGUUCAUUGUGUAUAUGGGUUUGUUAAAAGUUGCUGAAACACUUGUAAAUCCCAUGGGAGAAAAUGAUGAGGAUAUUGAUAUUAAUGAGGUGAUAGACUUUAAUUGGAAAACCGGUUGGUGUAUUGUUGAUGGGAUGAAAUCAAGUGUUCCGCCUAUUGUACGAGACAUACACUGGCAACAGUCGGUCAUAGAAUUGCCACACACUGAAGAAUCGAAACGAUUAGCUUCUCAACCAUUCAGGGGAUCUACAUAUAACAUAAAUCUCCCAGUCAAUCCAGACUUAUUCGGAUCUAUGGUGUCUUUGUCUAUGCUUGGUCAUUCGCAAGAUUUAACAGCUUUGCGUCAUUUCAGUCGACAAAGCACUACAGUUAUUCCCACCAGGUUGAUGUCUAUAGAAAGCGCUCUUCCCACUGAGACUGAUAACAACACAAGGUUGAACGAUGAUGGGCAUUUAUCUGCGGAAGCUGGAUUGUUAGUUGCCGCUCCUCUUACUCCUGUUACAACAAGCCGACUACUCCAUGAACCGAUAAAAGAGGAAGAUGAGGAACACGAAACUGAUGACCAAUCUCUCGGUGGAUUGAAAGACAGUGGGGAAAGUAUGAUGAAUAAAAAAGCACACCUGAAAAAGAUUUGAAAAAUAAUAUUCGCUUUGAUGUCAUUCUCCGAAGAAUACAUGGGCUCUACUGUUAGUGCUAAAGAACCACCUUUUUACUUUCUGCACUCGGAUAGAUGUGAUAUUUUAUAUAUAAUACUACAAUCAUUAGUUAAUUGAAACAUUAUAUGAUUUUUGAAAAGUUACCAGCGCUUGUACCCUGUUUGGAUGACUAUUCUCUUCUUGCUGCUUACUACUAUAAUUAUGCAGAAUACUUUAGUCAAAAUCCCUUUAAUAAAAUAUCCGGUUUUUUU